ACAUUUUACACUUUUGUACACGUAACAAGUCAACAACAGAGAUUUUCAGAAAGUUUCAUAUUCAGGCUAAAAUAUCAGAACGAGCAGCAUGCAGAAGACGCCGAACACACAUGAGGAGCAAACGCGUCACUGCGAUCCACAGCAGUUCGAGCAGCAGCAGGAGCAAUGGCGCAGUCCGCUCAUGUUUCGCGAUAUGACAUAUGAAACCGAUGCAGCGCACAUGGAGCGUUUUCGCCAGCCUCAGCCGCUGCGCAGCGGCUACGGCGGACUGCACAACCUAAGCAAUCUACCCGAAGAGUAUUUGGCCGAUAUGUCGGCGCCAGCGUUCGAUAUGUCCACGCAACAGCAACAACUGCCAGACAUGUCACUGGGCGGCGAAUGCUUGGAUAACAUUACACCGCCGCAUUUGAGCGAGACGACAACCGAAUCACCACUGGGUGGCAACGAGGCCAGCAGCUAUGUGGAUAGCGUCUAUCGCAAGAUUAUGGAGCGCUUCGAUAGUUUGCGUGCGCGCAUUGCACGUGGCGACAAAAUAUUGCCCUCGGAGGCUUCCUAUAAUGAAUGUGCAACAGCAAAUAAUGAUAUUAACGAUUGCCAAAAGGACAAUGGCGUGUUGACUACACUACGUCAGGUAUUAACGCAUCGGGAUCAGUGCGGCAAUGUGACCAGCCAUGUGGAGGAGACCAGCACAUGCGAACGCCUCGGCGAUGUGCAGCCACCGAGUUAUAUAAACGCAAGCGAUUUGGGCGUGCAGUUCUUAAGCGCACCAACGCCGGCACGUCAAAUGAACUUUUCGGAGAAUCUAGCAAAUAUAACAAUGCCAUCGUAUCAUGGUGAAUCAAUGCCCACAUAUAUGAAUAGUGAAUAUUUAAGCGACAUAAGUUCGCCAACCUUUGUUAGCGACUCAGGGGCACAGCGACGCGGCAAUGGUAAUGUAACCUAUAUGAGCUGCUUAGCUGAUGAAAGCUCGCCACAGUAUAUGCAAGAAAUGAGCAGACAAAUGCAAAGCGAAUGUCUGGACGACAUAACAGCGCCAACAUUUGGACGCAGCUUAUCGCGUCGCGGCAGAAGCAACAACAACAACAACAACAGCAGCAGUAAUCGCCGCAAUCAGCAAUCGACAUUUCCCAGCGAGAUGCUGGAUAAUGUGAGCGCUCCAGCUGCGUUUAACAAAAGUCAAUCGCGUGCUGAAAACAGCAGCAGCAGCAGCAAACGCCAGCAGCAGCAGCGCAUGCAGAAAUCAGCAGCAGUCAAUGAACAAAGUCGCUCGCGAACACGUUCGCCCAAGCGUAAUAUACGCGCAGCAGCAGCUAAUUGCCCUAACGAUGCCAACUACAGUGAACUCAGCAAUCGACAGCAACGCACGCAGCUGCAGCUGCCCAGCGAGUGUUUGGAUAAUGUGACGCCCCCUUACAAUGAAAGCUCAACAGGCGCUGCAACGCCCAAGCGCAACAAUCGCUCAAACAGAUCGCCGCCUUAUCAGCAGCAGCAACAAAAUUUGAGCGACAUUAGUGCGCCCGCCUGGGCCAGCUCAUAUAGCAAUCGCAGCAGAAGCAGACAGCAGCCAUGUCGAACACAGCCCAGUGAAUUUCUAGACGAGAUUAGCAUGCCCUCAUAUGGCGCAUACUCCACUCAGCAGCAGAGCGUUAACUACGGCAGACCACAACAAGUCUAUACGGCUGAAAAUAUUUGCGACGUUAGUGCGCCUGAAUUUAAUGCAAGUGAACCCAGAGCAAUGUUUAUGAGUCAGUAUAUCGAUGACAUAAGCAUGCCCAGCUAUGGGCAACACAUGGGUUCAUUUGGUGCAGCCAGAAGAGAACACAGCAUGCCCAGUGGCUGUUUGGAGGAUGAGACCAUGCCCUCAUUUGGAGGAGUAUCCGGAGCGUCCCGAAGACAGCAAAGCAUGCCCAGUGAAUUUCUGCAGGAUGUUAGCAUGCCCUCAUAUGUAGGUGUCUCCAAUGCAUCCCGAAGACAGCAAACCAUGCCCAGUCAAUGCUUGGAAGAUCUAAGUAUGCCCACGUUUGGAGGUGUCUCUGGUGCAACAAGAAGACAGCCAUCUAUGCCUAGUAGGUGCUUAGAAAAUGAAACCAUGCCCUCAUUUGGAGGAGUAUCCGGUGCAUCCAGAAGGCAACAAACUAUACCUAGUGGUUACUUAGAAAAUGAGACCAUGCCCUCAUUUGGAGGAGUAUCCGGUGCAUCCAGAAGGCAACAAACUAUGCCUAGUGGUUACUUAGAAAAUGAGACCAUGCCCUCAUUUGGAGGAGUAUCCGGUGCAUCCAGAAGGCAACAAACUAUGCCUAGUGGUUACUUAGAAAAUGAGACCAUGCCCUCAUUUGGAGGAGUAUCCGGUGCAUCCAGAAGGCAACAAACUAUGCCUAGUGGUUACUUAGAAAAUGAGACCAUGCCCUCAUUUGGAGCUGUUUCCGGUGCAUCUAGAAGACAACAAACCAUGCCCAGUGGAUGUUUGGAUAAUGAGACCAUGCCCUCAUUUGGAGGAGUAUCCGGUGCUUCUAGAAGACAACAAACCAUGCCAAGUGGAUGUUUGGAGAAUGAGAGCAUGCCCUCAUUUGGAGGUGUCUCCGGAGCGUCCCGAAGACAACAAACCAUGCCAAGUGGAUGUUUGGAGGAUGAGACCAUGCCUUCAUUUGGAGGAGUAUCCGGUGCUUCUAGAAGACAACAAACCAUGCCAAGUGGAUGUUUGGAGGAUGAGACCAUGCCCUCAUUUGGAGGAGUAUCCGGUGCUUCUAGAAGACAACAAACCAUGCCAAGUGGAUGUUUAGAGGAUGAGACCAUGCCCUCAUUUGGAGGGGUUUCCGGUGCAUCCAGAAGACAACAAACUAUGCCAAGUGGAUGUUUGGAGGAUGAGACCAUGCCCUCAUUUGGAGGGGUUUCCGGUGCAUCCAGAAGACAACAAACUAUGCCAAGUGGAUGUUUGGAGGAUGAGACCAUGCCCUCAUUUGGAGGGGUUUCCGGUGCAUCCAGAAGACAACAAACUAUGCCAAGUGGAAAUUUGGAGGAUGAGACCAUGCCCUCAUUUGGAGGAGUAUCCGGUGCUUCUAGAAGACAACAAACCAUGCCAAGUGGAUGUUUGGAGGAUGAGACCAUGCCCUCAUUUGGAGGAGUAUCCGGUGCUUCUAGAAGACAACAAACCAUGCCAAGUGGAUGUUUGGAGGAUGAGACCAUGCCCUCAUUUGGAGGAGUAUCCGGUGCUUCUAGAAGACAACAAACCAUGCCAAGUGGAUGUUUGGAGGAUGAGACCAUGCCCUCAUUUGGAGGGGUUUCCGGUGCAUCCAGAAGACAACAAACUAUGCCAAGUGGAUGUUUGGAGGAUGAGACCAUGCCCUCAUUUGGAGGGGUUUCCGGUGCAUCCAGAAGACAACAGACUAUGCCUAGUGGAUGUUUGGAGAAUGAAAGCAUGCCCUCAUUUGGAGGGGUUUCCGGUGCAUCCAGAAGACAACAAACUAUGCCUAGUGGAUGUUUGGAGAAUGAAAGCAUGCCCUCAUUUGGAGGUGUUUCAGGUGCAUCCAGAAGACAACAAACUAUGCCCAGUGGAUGCUUGGAGGAUGAGACCAUGCCCUCAUUUGGAGGAGUAUCCGGUGCCUCCAGAAGACAACGAACCAUGCCCAGCGAGUGCUUGGAGGAUGUAAGUGCACCCUCUUUUGGCCGCAGUAUAUCUCAUGGUCGACAGAGGGCACAACAAAUGAAUACGGGUAAAAAUCUAUGCGAUGUGAGCGCUCCCAGCUUUGCUAAUGAUACGACGCGUAGUCUUGGCCACCAGCCCACAUAUCCCAGUAGAAGAAGUGUAUCCCAUCAAAGGGGCGCACCCACACAAAGAUGUUUCGAUCCCGCAGUGCAGACCAGCGAGUGCUUGGAGAACAUAACAAUGCCGAGCUUUGGAUAUGAUGAUAUAAGUUCGCCGGACUUUCAUUCAACGACGGCGUAUCGACAUGGCGAGUGCGCGCCGGAUGCACGCCGCGUGCGCAGUCUACCCUGCGUGCCCAGUCAGCAGCAGCUGGGGGAUAUAACGCCGCCCAUGUAUAUGGCCGAGGCAAGCAGCCGCGGCAUGCAGCAGCGUCGUGCCUACGAUGUAAGCUAUCCCAAUGAAAUGCUGAGCAAUAUAACAGCGCCGACAUUUAACGCGAGCGACUGUGAGCAGCAGCAGCAGCAGCCCAGCAGACGUCGCUCGCAGAGCUUGCCCUGCGCGGAGGGUGAGGGACAGGGGCAGCAGUUUUAUAAUAUAAUAUCGCAUACGCCGCAGGAACAAAUGCGCUGCCUGCCAGCUGAGCCACUGGAGGGCGGCAGUCCAAUGCGCGACUAUAAUAUACGCACGGAGGAAUGCGAGCAGCUGGAGGACAUCAGCAUGCCCAUGAUGGCCAGCACUGGCUAUGAGCCGCAUAGAAAUUCCUUUGAUUUUGCCACAAAUGUCGCCGACAUUAGCGAGCCCAGUGGUUUGGCCCAAGCGGGCCUAACCUCCACCACAGUGGAGGGCAUUACGACUAGCGAGCAGACUGUCUCUAAAGUGUGCAAGGAGCUGGAUGCCAACAACAAUGUGCAGCAGGAGGAGCUAACCAUCAAGCAAACGGUGUCGCGUGUGCAGACAACCACCAACGAGGGGGGUCAGCUUAAUAGCCGGCGUGAGCCCAAGCUGGAGGCCACACAGCAGCAGCAAAUUAAUGACAUUUCCAUGCCUGCCUAUGACACCAACAUCAGCAACAGCAGCAGCAACAGCAACAAGUCAAACCAGCAGCAGCAGCAACUUUCAAAUGUUACGCCGCCCAGCUUUGCGCCCUCGUUUGAAAGCAGCGACCAGCAGCCCAGUCCAGGCAAAGCAACAGCGCAAUCAAGUCGCAGUUUUCAUGGCUUCGACUCCAUGGAGAAUUAUGCGCCCUUCGAGGAACAGGUAAAGCCGCCGAUCAAGCGUGCAGCAGCCAAUACGAGCAGCAGCAGCAAAACUCGCACCCAGACCAGCAAACAAACAACGAAGCGCACUCAGAAUCGCAGCAAAACGACGCCAGCCGCUGGUCAUGUCUCUGAUGAGCAACAAACUGCUGCGUCGCGUUCCAAUGCCAAGCAGGACUGUCAGCCCACUUCAUCGCCAGCUGGCACGCCCUGUGGGCGUCCAAAUUGCAGCUCACGCAAUUGCAAUCAUCGCUGUUAGUUGCCGCUGAGCUGUGUGAGAGAUUAGCCUGAAUGGAAAAUUCUGAGGCAGCCAACAAUAAAUCAAAAGUGUAUUUUAUGCAAAGUGCAUUUUUCAUUUGUAGUCAGUCUAUAGCUUAAGCUUUGCUGCAAGCUACAAAAUAAGUUU